AUGAGGUGUCCCCCACACCGGGGACAUCCCAUGGCCUCCCUCUCCACGGACCCGUUGCCGCUCACCCUGGCACUGCUGGCAAUCGCCGUGGCCACCACGGCCACCGCCGUCCCCCUCGGUGCCACCAGCGCCACCCCUUCGGUGGUGUCCCUGGACAUGGCCCCGGACUCCUUCGAUGACCAAUACCGGGGCUGCGGCCGCGCCAUGACCGCGGCGUUGCCGGCCCUGAACCGCUCCGAGCUGCGGCAGAGCGGUCACUUCGCCGAGGCCUGGGCUCUGGCCGCGUCCGAGUGGCGCGUCCGACUGUCCGCUCUGUCCCCUCGGUCCCCUCUGUCCCCGUCCCAGACCACGGCCCUGCUGGCCUACACGGCGCCGGUGCCGUUACACCGGACGUUCAACGCGGCCGUUCGAGCGGCCGGGCGCUCCCGCCGGGAAUACCGGGAUGAGUUCCACUUCAAAACUUUGCAUUUCCUGCUGACCGACGCCCUGGCCACGCUGAGGGACGCUCGGGGACCUCGGUGUCACCGCGUGUUCCGGGGGGUGAGCGGGGUCCGGUUCGAGGCGAGGCGCGGCCGCAGGGUCCGGUUCGGUCACUUCGCGUCGGCGUCGCUGCGGAACGAGAGCUCCUGGAGUUUCGGGACGGACACGGUGUUCCAGGUGUGCACGUGCCAGGGCGUGGCCAUCCGGGAAUUCUCCUUCUUCCCGCACGAGGAUGAGGUGCUGAUCCCGCCCUUCGAGACCUUCGAGGUCACCGACGUCACCAAUGUCACCAAGGGUGGGGACAAGGUGCGGAUCGAGCUGCGCUCCACCGGGACCUUCAGCAACUACAACUGCGAGUGGCUGCGAGGCAGGAGCAUCCCUGGGGACCUGCCCCACCUCGGAGGGCUCCUCCUGGCCACUGCAGCCCUGGCAGUGGCCACCGGCAUCCUCUAA